CUUUGUUUCCCCUCUUACCAUCAGGACUACAUCUUCUUUGCAAAAACAGUUUCCAUAUCCCGUCAAUCUACGUAGCACAAUGGGUUCCAUGGGCAAUUCGAAAUGUCAACCCCACAUCCCAAAACAUGGAGUGUGGUGCCCAGCAAUCACAUUCUUCGACAGAGCCACAGACACAAUUGAUUGGGUUGCACAAAAAUCAUACUUCUCCUACCUAGCCACGACCGGCUUAGCGGGCCUAGUUAUCCUCGGGACCAACGCAGAAGCCUUUAUACUUACCACCAAAGAAAGAUUCCAACUUAUAGCCGCUGCGCGUGAGGCCGUUGGACCCGACUUUCCUCUGGUGGCGGGCGUGGGUUCGCACUCGACAAAGCAAACACUAGAAUUUGUUGAAGAUGCAGCAGCAGCUGGCGCCAGCUAUGUACUCUGUCUCCCGCCCGCAUAUUUUGGGAAAGCAACAACUCCAGCCGUCAUCGAAGGAUUCUUCGAUGAUGUGGCGACCGCUUCACAGCUACCCCUUGUAAUAUACAAUUUCCCUGGCGUUUGCAAUGGUGUUGACUUGGACUCGGGCCUAAUUACCUCGAUAGCGAAGAAGAACCGGAAUAUAGUUGGAGUGAAACUCACAUGCGGGAGCGUGGGCAAGACUACGCGCUUAGCUGCCACAUUCCCGCCUUCCGAGUUCGCUAUCUUCGGCGGGCAAUCGGACUUCCUGAUCGGCGGCCUGGCUGCUGGUUCGGCUGGGUGCAUAGCAGCGUUUGCAAAUAUUGCUCCUCGAGCUGCUGCCGAGGUGUACAGGUUGUAUCGGGUGGGGGAAUUUGAGAAGGCAUUGAAAUUGCAGCAGGAGAUCGCGCUGGCUGAAAGUCCUUGCAAAUUGGGGAUUGCAGCAACAAAAUAUGGGGUUGCUAUCUCUUCGGCUUCAGCCGCAGGCAUCGAAAACGCCGCUGAGAAGUUGCUACCGCGCAAGCCGUACACCGGCCCGACGGAAGCAGUAAAAUUACAAGUAGCUGAGGCACUUGUUAAAGUGAACAAGAUGAACUUUGAAGCUGCUGUUGUAUAG